AUGACUUUUUUUGGGAACGUGAAGCUACUUACUGUCUCCGCACCAGAUCAGUGCACGUCUGUUGAAUCAGAGAUCGCAGCUCCAUCCAAACUUAGCAACCGCCUACAGUUCUGCAUGAGUCCGCUAAAAGCUGUCUAUGUUGUCCCACCUCCAUCUUUGCUCUUAAACAGUCCAAUGCUGAUGCAAGCUGGGAUGCCAUUGCGGUCUUGGAUUGAGGGUGGAUCACGAAGUUUGACUUGGAAUCAGGAAUUAGAGGCAGGGCAAGGAGAUGACUUUUGCUCCAAGACCCUGGAACUUAGUAUGCAACAGAUUGAAAACCGUUUGUCUGAAAAUGGCAUAGGUAAAGCAAGUAUAUGGAAGCGGCAAAAUAACGUGUCCCACAAAGAACCGCAUGCGCCUCCAAAAAGAUUAGAUAACCUCCUUCUUGAAGAACCCAUGAAUUUGAGCUUCCAUAAUGCUAAAUCUGUGAGCCUUAUGGCGGUUCCGAGGAUUUCUGCUCUUCAACACAUUCUUAAGGGCGAAGUUCUGAACGGUCAGCAUCUACGAAAGGCAAAACUGAUGUUCCUCUACGCACGUUACCCCAGUUCUGCCUACCUCAAACACUUCUUUCCAGAGGUAACGUUUAGUCGCUACAAUACAGCCCAGCUGAUCAAAUGGUUCAGCAACUUCCGCGAAUUUUUCUAUAUCAACAUUGAAAGAUGCGCACGUUCGCUUGUUGCAGAAGGCGUGCGAUCGCCUAAAAUCAUCCAAGUUAUACCAAAAUUAGGGCUCUACAGAACCCUCAUCUUUCACUACAAUCGCAGCAUGGAGUGCGAGACUCCAGCAGAAUUCUUCGCAGUAAUAGAAAGAGCCCUUCUGGAAUUUUUCCUUGCAAUUGUUACCGGUGGUGACAGUCAUUCGGCAUGGAAAAAGAAGAUAUACAAAACAAUUGCUCAAUUCGACCAAACCAUUCCAGAACGAUUCCGAUAUUUAAAGUGUUAA